CGUGGCUUAUAUACACCCCCAUUCCCAACCCUACCGCUCCAUCACCACCGCUUCGCCCUCUCCUCUCCUCUCCUCUCCUCCCCAUCUUCCCCCCCGCCGCGAGCUCGCCGCCCGCUCCCCACCUCCUCGCCGCGGAUCCUCCACUACUCCGGUAGAAAAUGGCUGACGCGGAGGACAUUCAGCCUCUCGUCUGCGACAAUGGUACCGGUAUGGUGAAGGCUGGGUUCGCCGGGGAUGACGCCCCGAGGGCCGUCUUCCCCAGCAUCGUGGGGCGCCCACGCCACACCGGUGUCAUGGUCGGGAUGGGGCAGAAAGACGCCUACGUCGGUGACGAGGCCCAGUCGAAGAGGGGUAUCCUGACCCUCAAGUACCCCAUCGAGCACGGCAUCGUCAGCAACUGGGACGACAUGGAGAAGAUCUGGCAUCACACCUUCUACAACGAGCUCCGUGUGGCUCCCGAGGAGCACCCUGUCCUCCUCACUGAGGCGCCCCUCAACCCCAAGGCUAACCGUGAGAAGAUGACCCAGAUCAUGUUCGAGACCUUCAACACCCCUGCUAUGUACGUCGCCAUCCAGGCCGUCCUCUCGCUGUAUGCCAGUGGUCGUACCACAGGUAUCGUGCUCGACUCUGGAGAUGGUGUCAGCCACACUGUCCCCAUCUACGAGGGAUACGCCCUCCCCCACGCUAUCCUUCGUCUUGACCUUGCUGGCCGUGAUCUCACUGACUACCUCAUGAAGAUCCUGACUGAGCGCGGCUACUCCUUCACCACCACCGCUGAGCGGGAAAUUGUCAGGGACAUGAAGGAGAAGCUUGCCUACAUUGCCCUGGACUACGACCAGGAGAUGGAGACUGCCAAGACCAGCUCUUCUGUGGAGAAGAGCUACGAGCUUCCUGAUGGACAGGUCAUCACCAUUGGCGCUGAGCGCUUCCGCUGCCCUGAGGUCCUCUUCCAGCCAUCUUUCAUUGGGAUGGAAGCUGCUGGUAUCCACGAGACUACCUACAACUCCAUCAUGAAGUGUGACGUGGAUAUUAGGAAGGAUCUAUACGGCAACAUCGUCCUCUCUGGUGGUACCACCAUGUUCCCUGGCAUUGCUGACAGGAUGAGCAAGGAGAUCACUGCCUUGGCUCCUAGCAGCAUGAAGAUCAAGGUGGUUGCUCCUCCAGAAAGGAAGUACAGUGUCUGGAUUGGAGGAUCCAUCUUGGCAUCGCUCAGCACCUUUCAGCAGAUGUGGAUUGCCAAGGCUGAGUACGACGAGUCUGGCCCGUCCAUCGUGCACAGGAAAUGCUUCUAAUUCUUCGGCAAUUCUUUGGGCCCAAGAAAUGCAAGCUGAGAGGAGCCAUUAUCGCCAGCCUCCUUCCCCAUUUCUUUCUCUUUUUGUUACUGUUUCUUCAUUAGCGUGGACAAAGUUUCCGGCCAGUCUAUCUGCGAUCGUUUUCUUCUAUUCAUCAAGACUGUAAUAUCUAUUGCUACCUAUGCUUCUCACUUGUGAUUUUGGACACAUAUGUUCGGUUUAUUCAAUUUUAAUGAGAUGCCUGAUGAGGCUACUAGCAAAUACAUAUGGUGUUCUGAUUGUCAUUGGUUAUUGAUGUCUUAUGAAAUGAAUGAAUAAUAUCAAAAUUUGAGCUCUGUA